AUUAAAUCGGUAGUACAGUAGAUACUCGAUAAUUUGAUACACUUUUCGAAAUUUACGCCUUACACGAUGUCUGUAACGUCAGAAAGUGACGGUCAGAAGGUGUCUUAUUGUUUUCCCCGCUUGAAUUAAUUCGUUGUCCUAUAAAAACAGCGAAUAAAUUACAAGAUUAAAGAAAUUAAUAGUACGAAACUUUUUCGUUUGGUGUUUCGAUUUCUACAACUUUUAUUCACUUACAUCAAGCGAGUGUCGCGAUUAUCGAAUGUCUACUCUAUAGGAUUAUAACGAAGAAAUAGAUAUUGAGUAAAGGGCCUGAUAAAGUUGAAUGAAGAAAUUGAUUUUGGAAUGAGAGACACAGAGAAAUAUUUUUGUCAAUAUUAGGAAAGAAAUAGUAUACACGGAUACAUUUCUCGAAACUGCGAACGAAUAUAUAUGUCCAACGAUUUAUCUGUUUCUUCUUCUGAUACCGAUAUACAAUAUGAUCGCCCAAAAUCACUUUCAGCACUAAUCUCUGAAACCUUAUUCGAACAGGUGUCGACUGGAAAUCGCUAACAAUUCCCGCGUGCUUACCAAUCACUACAGAUUACUUCCCGGAUAAAAGAAGUUUGCAAAAUGACUACGUCGUGUCGGACUAUAAUCUUCUGCCGGACGACGUUAACGCCGAUUUUGCCCAGCAGCGAGCGAUAUAUAAAAAACCACUCACGACCACGGAGGUAUUCAAGGAACUGGUCUCACAACGCUUGGCUCAAGGUUUUCAGCUGAUCAUUUUACCGCCAGUUAACAAAAAUCAAAGUAACGGAUCUGGCAAUAAUGCCGCCCCCGCUAUUAGCACAAUAAUGCGCGGUAGACAAAAUGAGUCCGAACCUAAAGAAGAAUAUUUACUUAGCAUUGGAAGAAUCUUUCACAAGAUAUCUCUGUUUGAUAAUUCUAUCACAGUCACGAGGUACCGGCCACGGCACCCUUAUCCACCCUUCAAUAUACACUAUCGGUAUCGAUUUUACGCUCCGCACCACGAUACAUACGAAGUAUCGUGGGUGUCCUUCACAACAGAAAAACUCGAGAAUUAUAACUGGAACUAUCUGGACCACUAUAUAUGCACACGAGGCCAUACCGAUUUCGCUUUAGUGGAGGCUCUCAAAUAUUGGCGGUUUCGAGUAUUUCUAUUGCCACUACAUAAUUCCGCGACUCGCAAAAUCUUGGAAGGCUCUCCAAGAUGCGACAUAUACACUCCACUUAAUAAUUCUGAACAAGCGUCACUAAUGGAUGGUUUUCUGCGUUUUAUCGAAGGAUGGUUGAACAAAAUACGACGGCCAAAUCCCAAUAAAAACUGGAGCCCAACAGCUCUAGGUGGUGUUCCCCCAAGAGAUCCUGCCUCUCAUUUGACCAGACGCAGGCACAGCACGAGCCUGAUAUUCCUCACUAACCAGGAGAGGCAUGUAGUGAAUACCGCUGCGGCUGCCCGCACGUGCCUCGACACUCCUCGCCACGUGCCAAACAGAUCAGGCUCCAAAGUAAUGGACAGAGGACGUGUAUCGCCUGCCAGUGAAGCUGUCUUGCCCUUGUCGAUCGAGCAGCAGCAGCAGCAGCAGCAGCAACAGCAACAACAGGAUCAUUUCGAUGCCAAUGACGACAGUGUGAACAUGGAAUUGACAAAGAUAAAAAGCAAUGCGACGAAUGUGGAGAUUCUCGAGGCUAUGAAGCAUCCUCAAACUGGCGUUGGCUUUCUGACCCAACAUCCGUCACUUCCCAGUCAAACGUUCGUUAGCGCGGAUGCGAUUCAGUGGUUAAAUAAUCAUAUAGAGGGCGGCAUGGGAGUUGAGCAGGGUAUUGAUAUUAUGAAAGGAAUGAUUCAAGAUAAACUGAUAUGUCAUGCGUCCGGCGACUUUUCAAAACCAUUUGUUCUGGGAUUUUAUUUAUAUCAUAUUGUGCAUGACAAAGAAAAUCAAAAAGCCGCAGACUAUUCCGCUCCGCUCGGUGAUUUGGAAAGUUUCGAAAACGAGUGGGUAGAGGUGGAGAUGAGACCACCGAAAGGAUGGUGCGAACCAGCAUCUCCAACAAUAGUGUCGACAAUGUCAUCCCCUAUAACCAUAUCCAGUUGCGACGAUAUCGACGAAUCUAAUGUUCCGCCUUUUUUAAGAGACAAUAUCGACUUGACGGAAUCAAUGGAUGAUAAGAGCUGGACAGUACCGUUAUAUAAACACACUCAUCUGGAUAUCGACAUUAACAAUAAAAGCGACAGAAUUGAAUGGGGCCACUUGAGGUAUCAGUCCAUCUAUAAGGUGGAUCACUCCUACGAACUCGUAGUACAAUGGGUAGCAUCAUCCGGCAGUAUAGUGGCCGAUCUGAUAUUCGUUUGGCAACGCAAAGCACAAAUGUGCGGAAUACAGAUGGUUCCCGUUCCCAGUGAUCUAUUAGCACUGCCAUUCACUUUGAAAAGCGAUCCGCUCAGAGGACCGAUCUUUAUACCGCUCGAUACGGAGUGUUUAAUGGCAAAUAAGCGAUAUCUCUUCGAAGAAUUCCGAGAGGACACAUACGCGCAAAGACUGUUUCUCUUCCAAGAAGCGAUUCUACAGAGAUUCGGCUUCGUACCGUGUCUAGUUGAGAAUACCGAUAAUGAUCAUCAGUACGUUCAUAUUACCGGCAACGCAUUUAUACUGGUACCAUCCACGGCAAAUACUCGACCGCGUCCACGGACCGGCACCAACGUCGUUCGACGAAACACAGUACAGAAAAGAUAUCCAGUUCAUCCGGACCAACCUAGUCCGCACGAGGCAUACAUCACAAGACACGUUAGUGGCAAAAAUAAGGAUGAUUACGGCAUAGACAGAAAGAUGGGAUUUUUAUGGUCCUGGAAUCACAUGGUCAGUCGUAAAUGGAAGUCGCUGUCCACAUCAGCGGGAGACGAGUUAUUUCAGAAGAAAAUCAUACAGGAUUUUCGACAUUUCUGCUCCAACGGAGACAACAGGCUCAAACAAUUUUGGGAAUCUUGUUGGGAGUUGAAGGAAAAGACUUGUACGAAAGCAAAGUAGCAAGAUACUCUCACUUCCUCUCUUGACAUUGUUCAAGAAUUUUUCAAGUCGUUGUCGACUUUUUUGUUGGAUCAGACAAAUUUACCUUUGCCGAAAAUAUAAUUGCACGCUAAUGUAUUCAUAAAGUGUACGUAGUGUUAGUAUCGUGCUCCUAUAUGCAGUAGGAGCAGUAUAUGUAAAAAUUGUAUCAUAUUAUAUCGGAAGAAUAAUAAUUCCUCCGAAAAAUUCGCGCGCGUAAUGUUGAUUUAAAUCUAUCGUUUUAUAAGAUUUGUAACACAUUAAAGUUUUCGUUAUGGAAAUGUAUAUUUAUGUAUCUGUGGAAAGAGUAAAUGUACAUUGAAUAUAUAAAUAAUUUAUAAA